GUGCCCCUUAAGAAAAUGCAGAUCCAGGAAUAACCGACAACAUAACACAGUCUGGCUUUGGGAGGUUUGCUGCUUUCCUCCUGUAACUUAUGAGCUUCCAUUCAGAAUAAAUUUUUAAGCAUUUUCGCGUUUCGCAUAAGUUGAUGUUUCGGUACUUUAAGUCCUGGCUUUAAAUUCUCCCCGUGAAAAGCAAAUGGAAGAGCAGCAUCGCUAGCAAACAGCGUAACCAGGGAAACAAAACCGCGAGGCUGUUGUUUACACUCAUGGACAGUUUCACACGAGAAUCACAGACCUCUCUCGUCAAAAUGGAAAACGACAAACCCGUGAGAAAAACACGACCCAAGUCAUCAGAGUCUACGAAUGAGUCUCCUGAAAGCACGGGGAGCACCGACAGGGGUGCAGCGGAUGUUUUUCCCGACUGUGGUUCAGAUAGUCCCUCACUGACAGGAUGCGCUAAGAGGGAAUUUAUGAUGAUGCCUCCAGAAGAUAAACUCAGUUACUUCGACAGGCGGGCUCAGACCAAUCAAGACAACCAAGAGUUUGAUGCUUGCAUACAGGACCUGGUGCGGUGUGUAGCUCUGACAAGGCUUGUAUACGGCGUGGGACACCUGAAACUAGCCCAGGCCUAUGCCCGACUGGCUAAAGCAUAUUUCCAGUUCAAAGGUUGGGGUCUGCAGGCACAAGAGCACUCGGCUCAGGCCAGAGAGCUGCUGCCUUUCUGCCCCUCCAUGUCCUCCUGCAGAGAUGACAAGCUUGAGGUUCUCACGUGUCUCCUGAGUGUACACCUCACACAAGGAGGUGCUUCACUACUUACAGACAAUCUGGAAGUGUCAGAAUCCUCUUUUUUGGAGGCAGAGCACGUCCUAGAGGAGCUUCAUAAACACAGUGUUAUCGGUGAGGACGAGAACAUAAGGACACAGCUGGAAAUCUCCACAGGUCUUUGCAGGGUCUAUAAGAGACAGAACAGACCAGAGGAGGCACUGAGCCAGUGUGACAAGUCUGUGCGAUUGCUUAACGACUGUAAUAACCCAGAGAAAACUUGCUGCUUCUACAAAGACAUGGCUGCCAUUGAACAGAGCAGAGGUCAUCUGGACCGUGCCAUAGAGCAUCUCUCCAAGGCUCAUGCCAUUGCUGUGAGUCACAGCACAGAGGAGCUGGAGAGGGCUCAGAUCUCCCACAGCCUGGCCCUCAUCCUUUCUGCUGCAGCAGAGCCCCAUCACAAUGCUUCUGCAGGUCGUUACUUCGAGCAGAGCUUAAGUGAGUACAGGAACUCUGUAGGUCCACAGAGCCCAGCCUUUCUAUCAGCCCAGGAUGACUUCUGUCGCUUUCUCCUCAUGAAUGGGCAGCAAGAGAAAUGUGUGCAGAUCCAGAGAGCCUCUCUCGAUUCUAAGAGAUCUGUGUUCGGCGACCUGAGCUCUGAGGUAGCAGACACCCUUCAGCUGGUGGGAAGUGUCGAGAUGACCCAGGGCAGGAUGAACCAGGCCCACGGGACCAUGACAAAGUGCCUGAAGAUCCAGAAUUUGUUGCACGGACCUCAGCACAAGAAGACAAAAUCCGUGCAGAAAGCUGUGGACAUGCUGGCCCGGGCACCAGAGGUGGCUGAGAGACUGCAGAGGAAGAGUACGAGGAGGACAAAACCAUUUCCAGAUGUCCCAUCCAGCGGUAACGACGAAAACUACAUGUCUGACUCUUGAACUUUAUUUUUUUAUUAUAUUAUUUAUUUCUACAGUAAUGUUAAGAUGUUGUGCCCACAACUACUGCUUUUGGUUAAAUGUGUCUGUCGUGAUUGUGCAGGUAAAAAAAUCACUCAUUAUGUUGAUUGACAGCACUUUUUUUUUUUACUUGUACAUGUGUGAAAGGUGAAAAUAGAUUCGCUGUGAAGAAAUACUCACACAAAAACAUGGCCACAAUAUUCUUUAAUGACGUUAAGAUAAUAAUUAUUUUUUUAAUUAAGGGCUGGAACCAAUGUAAACCAAAACGAUAAAAUUUGUUCAACAGAAACUGUGAUGUCAAUAAAAGCAAUGAUUUCCA